UCAUUUGCCGUUUGCCUUUUGUGACGCUUCUACACUACUCUGUCUGUUCAGCGAAGGCGACGCGGUGCUGCCCCUACAGCUCAAUUGUUCCGUGAAUUUGCACGAAUCCGCAUCUGGCGUUACUUGUUCGUUCGUGUACGGAGGUGAAGAAAAAGUUUAACAACCACUAAAAUGGCUGACGACAAGAAGGACCCGAAGAGCUCGGAAUCGGAGCACAUCAACCUGAAGGUGCUCGGGCAGGACAAUGCCGUGGUGCAGUUCAAGAUCAAAAAGCAUACGCCACUCCGCAAGCUGAUGAACGCUUACUGCGAUCGGGCGGGACUGUCGCUCCAAGUGGUACGCUUCCGUUUUGAUGGACAACCGAUCAACGAGAACGACACUCCGACGACGCUGGAAAUGGAGGAAGGGGACACGAUCGAGGUGUACCAGCAGCAGACCGGCGGCGGAAAUCGUUCCAACCAGUAGACGAGGGACGGUGGCGGAAGGACGGCAGCCGGAGGAGAAGGUCACAAUUGCACGCGCUCUCUCAGCCGCUACUACCACAGCCAUGAGAGAAGAACGCAUCAUUUGGUGGGGGGAGCCAUGCAGCAGUGACGAGAUUUAAUGUAAAACAAACAACUAAUUUAGCGCGUGGUCUUCUUGCUCACGUGAAAUAAACAUUCUAUAUUAAUAACACCA